CGAAAGCACCCACUUCCUGCCUGCGCUCACUCUUUUGCAGAGUCGGACACAGUCAGUUCCUGUGGUGGUGUGAGGUGUGAGGGAGAUGGCAGAAAAGAGCUUAGAUGUGAGCGUCUCCGCCUGCCGAAGAUGUUGCAGUCUUUCCGUCGAGAGCCGCACGCACAGCAUAGGAACGUCUAAAUGGGUCCGGCUGAAUGUGGGGGGCACCUAUUUCCUGACGACGCGGCAGACUCUAUGCAGGGACCCGAAAUCAUUUCUGUAUCGUCUUUGCCAGGCCGACCCUGACCUCGACUCCGAUAAGGAUGAAACUGGUGCCUAUUUAAUAGACAGAGACCCCACAUAUUUUGGUCCAGUCCUAAAUUAUCUGAGACAUGGGAAACUUGUCAUCAAUAAAGAUUUGGCAGAAGAAGGAGUCCUGGAAGAAGCAGAGUUCUAUAAUAUUACAUCCUUAAUAAAAUUAAUAAAAGACCGGAUAAGAGAGCGAGACAGUAAAACAUCUCAGGUUCCUGUGAAGCAUGUGUACAGAGUCCUGCAGUGCCAGGAAGAAGAGCUGACCCAAAUGGUCUCAACAAUGUCAGAUGGUUGGAAGUUUGAACAGCUUGUCAGUAUAGGCUCCCCGUACAGCUACGGGAGGGACCACCAGUCAGAAUUUCUGCUGAUUGUGUCGAGGGAAGUGAAGGGAGAGGAGACCGGUUUCCAGAACCGCAGCAGUGAGCUGGUCAGCAUUGGUUCUUCUUAUAAUUAUGGAAAUGAAGAUCAGGCAGAAUUUCUGUGCGUUGUUUCAAAGGAGCUGCAUAACGCCCCAUGCGGCACAAACAGUGAACCAAGUGAGAAGGCCAAGAGUGAGGAUGAAGAAACAGAUUCAGAUAUGAAUGACUCUGAUUAAUUUCAAACUGAAAUGCCACGAUUCUGCAAGAAAGAGGCUCACGAAUGUGAAAAAGUUCCAUGGGACGUUUGCCUGUCUAUGUAUGCAAAAUUAAAUACGCAAAAAAAAAAAAAAGAAACAUAUCAGCAAGUCAAGGCUAGACUGUUCAGAAUCUGCCUAUAUUACCACCAGGGGUUGAUCUCAACAUUAUAAGAGUCAAGAGCCCCACACUUCCUGGUGUUCACCUCUCUGGACUAUUUCUUAAAGUGAAAGACAGCAUUCACUUCCUUGGAACAAAUUGGGGUUGUGGUUUAAUGUUUUUUUAUUGGGGGGGGGGGGGGGGGGGGGAAUAGGCAAACUACCAGAUUGGCUUGAUUAUCUUUCUGCCAGCACAUCUCUGCAGUUUGCCUUUCCUUACUUCCUUCAACAUUUUUGCUUGUGUUUUUUUCCCCAGAUCUUUUUUUUAAAUCUGUAAAUUGAAAAGCUACAUGGAAUGUACAUUUUCUUUUAUAUUAAUUUGCUAAACCUUCUUGAACUUUAUUUUUUAAUAUAUAUGAAGAAAAGGGAGUCGUGUCACAUAGACUGCAGAAAAGAAAAACAGGUGAUCAUGAUUAUACAGAGAAAAAUUUACUGUUCAGCAUUACUGCUUCAUUAAAGCUGUGCUUCCUCAGAUUGGAAAAAUGAGAGAGAGAGAGAGAGAAUGGGUGAGUGAAACUUGAGUUUAAAAGGCACAGAGAUCCUCCUGUUUCCCUAUGUAGAAUGUUUUACAAAAUGACCAAAAGGGUAUCCUUCACCUGAUCAGGUGUAGAAGGCAAAAAAAAAAGAUGUUGUGUGGGAUAAGUUACUUUUCAAGAGUCUGACUUCAAAUUUCAUAAGCAUGUUUCAAGGUGUCAGUUUUCCUGUUGGUUACUAUUUGUUUUUGAGCAUUAGAAACAUUGGAAAUGGCAGACCACUGCUGGUUUGUUCUUUCACUCAUUUGAUUCUGUUAGACUGCACAGAGAUCAGCAAUUUUGUGUGCGUCUGUCAUUGUUCAUUUUUAUUAUGUAAAUUUCACAUCCCCUUCUAUUUACCAACAAAGUUGUUCAGAGUGUCUCAUUCUCAGGAUGAUGGUCUUGAGGUGAAUUUUGUGGAUUUGUUUUUCUUAAAUAUCUUCCAAUAUGACUUGAUGCUUUUCUAAUAUUAUUAUAUUAACCUCUUUAGAGUAUUGAGUGGCUUAUAUUAGAAAAUGAAAAGAGACACACAAGCUGGUGUAAUUGUUUGAAAAACUUUGAUGGAAGUCAGAUUUCUGGAACAUUAAUGUGCUAGGUCUGGUAUGUUCUGUGUAUUAUGAUAUUUGUAAAUACUACAUUUGUAAUGGAGUUUUUAUGCAUAUAAAUGACAAGACAUGAACUGAGGUUGCCUAAGGAAAUUGAUAGUUUUUUUUAUAUAUAUAUAUAUAUAUAUAUAGAUAGAAUAUGUAUUUAUAUUUAUAUAUAUAUUGAUAUAUAGAAAUAAUAUAAAUUUAUUUCAGUGCUGGUCAAUCUCCAUGUAAAAUGGUUUUUAUACAUGAAACCCUCAACAUCCCCCUCAUAAUUCUUCCCCCAUCCCAAAGUGUGUCUACUGUACACCACACCCCGUUACCCAUGUAAUGUGCACUGGCUAGUGCCAGUGAGCAUCAAUGCACGUGUAUCAAUUUGUUAUAUAAGCAUAUGUGGGGAUCCUUGUGUAUAUUUUUUUUUGUUUGAUUUGAAAUGUUGUACACAAUUAGUUGAUAACCUCAGAAGAGCUGUUUAUUUAAAUUAAAAGUCGGAACUCUGCAUUUUUAUAAUGCAGAAUAAUGUUGUUUUGUGUGAAAUCACAACACAAGUUUCUAGUUUUUCAGUGUGGCAUGCAGUUCACUUUGAAAUGCUGAAUACCUUUGUUAGACACAAUGCUCUUGCAGUUACAGUUCUGAAGGCAUUUAUUCGCUUUUUUUCUUGCUUAAUAAGUAGCAAAAGAACUUUGGCUGCACCUUGCAGGUCAUUUUUGCAAUACGUCAAAUAUGAACAAAAAGGGCUUACUCAAUUUAAAGCUAGUUAUGCACAAUAUUGUGACGAUUCUUUAAAUUACAGAUGACUGUUUGUUUACAGUAGCAGCGACAAGUGCUUUUAGUGACGUUUACUGACACUUUUAAUGCUGCUUCCUUUUACAAAUGACUUUACUGUUUUUGUGUAGUUAAAGAGAAUGCAAGUUUCCUCUUGCGUCUGUUUUUAAGGGCAGCAAUAUUUUAUUUUUUUUUUAUUGGUGUGUGUUUGUGCCUAUUCUUGUUUGACGUGUUCUGAUUGGGAGGCAUUUUAGGGCUUGCCCUCAAGUAAUAGUAUGCAUUCAGAGCAAAGCUGUGGCUUGCUCAAAAGAAACUGGAUAUGGGAGCCACGGACUUGAACGGGACCUUGGAAGCACCUUUUCUUUGGAAGCUACUUGUGUGCCGUCUCAUAUACAAGUCUGUGCCCACAACAUUCAAAGCUGUUAAUUCCCAUUUGGAAUUUGUCGUGUUAUCCUCAAGUCUUUUAUUGUGUUAUGCUCUUAAGUCAAAUCAGUUUAAAGCAAAUGGAAUGCAGGCACUAAAACCAACAGCUGAGAACCUGUUUUGCACUAGGUUAACGUCACUACUGUUUUUGAUUCAGAAUUCUUUCCUAUUAACAAUUUUUGUAUUUAUUAACGUUUGGGCAAAGUGUGUGUGUGUGUGUGUGUUUGUGUAUAUAUAAUGUACACAAAGAAGGUGGAAACAAUAUUUUGUAACCCUAAUAAACAUGGGCUGUUAAACACUUGUUUGUCAAUUAAAUGUUUACACUUCUCUUCA